AUGGCCACUUCUCCUAAACAGCAAGCGUCUUUAACUUCUGUUUGCCAACUGCCAAGUUUGGGAGCCUGGAACAUGCCAGACCAAGAUAUUCAAUCUACUAAAUUAACUGACCAUCUAAAGACUGGAGCAGCCACAAUCCCACAUCAGGCUUCAACUGUGUUGUCUUCUCUUGGCAUGCCUUUGAAGCUAGAAGGCCAUAAAAGAACAGAUGGCCAUCACUAUCCAGAAGGCAGUACAUACAGCUCAAUGUGGAAACAGAAGGAAGAGAAUUUGAUCAUGAUAAAGACCAAGGAGCUUGGCAAGAGUCAAAAGCGAAAAGUGAUUGACGAAGAUGUGCUCCAGCCAGAGUCUUCGCAGCUGGGCAAAGGUGAGAACACUGCUCUAGACUCAGAUGUGAUCGACCUCACAGAUGAGGAUAUUAGUGAGAGACUGAGGCCACAAGCUAAGAAGCAAGAUGUGAGAGUGGCAAAAAUUGAGUAUGACAAUGGUGGUCACCAGAAAGUUCAAGAAAAUGUUGGGAUACACGUGACAUCUGAAGAUGGUGGGAAGGAUUGGAAGCAACCCUGCCCUAUCAUUGAUGAAGCUGUUCAACAUCCCAACAGAAAAAUCUACCAGAAGUUGUUGGAUAAAUUGAAAGAAGAUGUCAAUGGGAAUCCUUUCCAUGCUCUGCCUGUGCACCCUGAUGGCUUUCAAUGUCAGAUGGGCACAUUCCACAUCAAAGGCUAUAUGGAAGGGCAGAAUCAUGGAGUUCAAACCGCUUAUGCUGGCCUCAAAAAAUACAUGGAAACAAUGAAGUACCUUUGUUCAGGUGCAAACAAAAAGCGACAACCUGAGGACCAAAUUUCCAAUGUAGAUACAGUAUUUGCACCAGCCAUUGCUACAAGAGGAAAGUAUGUCCUGGAGCCUGACUUAUCGGGAGAAACAUCAGCCCAAACCUUCCUGGAUGCUGGAUAUGAUAGAUUCUUCGGAACAAAGCCAUCUGUACCUGCGGCCAAAGAAAAUCCUGGCUUCAACAAAGAGCAAAAUGAAAUCGUAGACAAUCUUCAACUUCCAGCACACAUAGAAGAGGAGGUCAGGAGUGCUCUAGGCCCAGGUCCGGAGGAUGAGGUACUUAGUACUGCUUUCAAAUUACGAAUCACUCGAGCAGAUAUCCGCACUUUAACCAGCCAGCAAUGGCUGAAUGAUGAAGUCAUCAACUUUUACAUGAAUCUGCUUGUAGAAAGAAACAAGAAGCAAGGCUAUGCAGCUCUUCAUGCAUUUAAUACAUUCUUCUAUCCAAAAUUAAAGUAUGGUGGCUACUGGGCAGUGAAAAGAUGGACUGAACGGGUGAACCUCUUUGAAAAAGAACUCCUGCUGGUUCCCAUACACCGACGGAUCCAUUGGAGCUUGGUGGUGAUAGACCUCAGAAGAAAAAGCCUCACCUACCUAGACUCCAUGGGGCAAAACGGCAACAGGAUCUGCCAAAUUCUAUUUCAGUACCUGCAGGAAGAAAGUAAGACCAAGAGGAAUAUUGACCUGAAUCCUCUUGAGUGGUCCCUGUAUAGUAUGGGGCCAGAAGAGAUCCCCCAACAGCUGAAUGGGAGUGAUUGUGGCAUUUUUACCUGCAAAUAUGCAGAUUAUAUUUCUAGGGACCAACCUAUCACAUUCAGUCAACAGCAGAUGCCUCUCUUCCGUAAGGAAAUGGUGUGGGAAAUCCUUCACCAUCAGCUGAUGGGAUAG